AUGGCUUGGGAGGAGGAGCGGGGCGGUCGUGGUCGUGGCCGCCCACGCUGGCGUCCACCUGCGGGUUCACGCAGCUGUCCCGCGACGAGGCCGGGGUUCACGCAGCUGUCCCGCGACGAGGCCGCAGCUCAACGGCUCGUGGGUGAUGGCAGCCCACCGCGGGCGGGGACGCGGGGUUUGUGCGGGCGGACCAGAUUGACCUCAAGAGCCUGGACGAGCAUCUCGAGCCUGGACGAGCAUCUCGAGCGCCACCUCGGCCGCUCGGCGGAGCGGGGCGGGCUCGCCGCCGCGGCGCAGACCGGGACGAGGAGCAGCCGAGGCGAGUCCUCGAGGCUGGGUGCGGAGGAGCUGCAGACGCCGCUGCGGCAGUGCCGGGAGGACUGGGAGAUCGACCCCGCCAAGCUCGUCAUCAAGGGCGUCAUCGCGCGCGGCACCUUCGGCACCGUCCACCGCGGCGUCUAUGACGGCCAGGACGUUGCCGUGAAAUUGCUUGACUGGGGGGAGGAUGGCCACAGAUCAGAACAAGAAAUUUUUGCACUAAGAGUAGCAUUUGCACAAGAGGUCGCUGUCUGGCAUAAGCUUGAUCAUCCAAACGUUACUAAGCGGCGCACAAGGCGGUGGAGGUGCGGCAGCCCGUCGAUGGAGCCGCGGGGCCAGCAGCCCGCGGCGGCCGCGAGGGCCGAGGCGGCAGCGGCGCACGGGGCGGUGGAGGUGCGGCAGCGCGUUGACGGAGCCGUGGGGCCAGCAGCCCGCGGCGGCCGCGAGGGCCGAGGUGAUAGCGGCACACGGGGCGGUCUGGAGGUGCAGCGGCGGCGGCAUGCGUUGGACGCGACGGUCUUCGAGUUUGGGUCCGCGGCGGAGUCUGGCGCCGUCGUGACGCUCGCAGGCUACUGCCCUGUCUCAGAUGAGCUCGAGCCAUGCCGCUGGGAGCUGGUGCCGGCCACCGGCGAGGGCGCGCCGCAGUUCCGCAUCGUGUUCUGAGCGGGAGGAGGAGCGAGCACCCAUGCCGGCCUUACCUGAUUUUAUAGGUACAAAGGUGUGAUAUUCGGGAGUGUAUUGCUACCUAGGUGUUCCUUGAAAUAAAACUUGAGAUAUUAUUGAUGUGUUUGUUGAUUA